AUGUCGACCCACCACCCGACAUUUGGCCGUUCUUCAGGCAUUGGGAGCGUGUUCAAAUCACUUACAAAAUCGCUCAAGUCGUCACCCAACGUUCCUGUACAAAUCAAUCCACUAGUGGUGGGAGGUGGAGAAGAUCUCCAGAAACUCAUCCAGCAAUUGCAGUCGGAAUCGCUAGCAGUACGAGCCAGUGCUGCAUCCAAGCUCAUAGACUGUAUCAGCAAGUAUGCCAUCUCGUCCAUCCCCGAGGUAUGGUAUUUGGUGAGGGAUCUCUGUGAUAUCCGCAUCUCUCCCAACUAUCGUGCUGUGGCCGUGAAACUCAUGGUCCAGUGUAUCAUCCAUGCUGAUAGCUCUGUGGGAACAAGACUCAUGUUCUUCAAGGAUAUCAUCAAUUUCUGUCUGUUUUCCAAGCCAGACCCUGAAUACUUGACAUUCCUCCUGGCCAUGAAUGUCCUCACCAAAGACGGCAAAGACAUCCAGGAUUUCUGCAUUUACGACGACUCGAAGAACCUUAACAUAUUCAUAGAAUCCACGCUAAACUGUGCUUAUAUCGUCAACGACAAAUCACACGAGAAACUAGUAAAGACUCUCCAGUUCAUCCAUGACUGCUUGCAUCACAGCUACGAAAUCCUCGACGACACUCUCAAAAUGGAAAUAAUGGUCAGAAUGCUCGAAAUAGGCUCGCAUACAGGCAAUAUCACCUUGUUGACCCUUGUUGUUGAGAUAAUGAGUACAGUCGUUGCUUCGGGGUCUAUCAGUCUGGACUGGUUUGAUGAUUUGAUAAGGUUCAACUGCUCCAUCUAUGCCUUGAAUUUGGACCCAGGUUUAUCCUUAACAAUCUGGAGAGUAUUUGAUAAUCUAAUGGUCACAGACAGUUUCCAAGCCACCGUAUUCAGUUUGUGUGAAUGUGUUCAGAGCGCAGACUUGUACAAGUAUCGGUCCAAAAAUACUUUGGAAAUGAACUUAUCCACUCCAUCGCUAAAUGCGUGCAUAGGUGCUAUGGAAGUGAUUAGCAAACUUCAAAUCCUAUGUGCUUCACAAGAUAGCUCACGUAUAGAGCCUUGUCAUAAUCAAAUCCUCAAAUCCACCAGAAAUGCAAUACUGUAUAAAACUCCAUUGAUUAAUAGUGCAUAUUUGAGGUUGUUUGAUAGAAUUCUUUCAAAAGAUUCUUACCUCGAAAUUUUCGGAAUUAACUUUAAUGGUUCAUUCGACAAGGUCUUGCCAUUUCAGUUAUGGUACUCAGUCUCGAACUCCGUCUAUGACGUGCUAAACGGGCUUCUCUCAAACUCGGAGCAAGAUAACAGAUACAUACAAUCUAUUUGCCUUUCACUUCAAUCCCUCUAUGAAAACCACGAAUUAAGCUCGCCAAAAGAGAAGCUAGUCAACUUCUUCAUGAGCCAUUACGAGCUGAUUGCACAGGAAAACAUUUUAUUCAUAUUGAAUUACUACAAAGAGGAAAAGCUUUGCUCUUUGUUGUAUCCUUUCUGGAAAGAUAACUGCAUAAAACUAUUGAGGUGUUUCUACUAUGAAACAAGAGAGCCUGAAACCAAAAUACGUUGCUUGGAAGUGAUUAAAGAUGCUUUCAGCACCUCGUUAACUGUCUUCCUGAAAGAUGAUAUUAACUAUGAACUUCUUUUCGACAUUUUCAAGAAGUCUAUACACGAGAGUGACGAAAUGCUCCUUGACUACUUAUUUGACAACUUAUUCGCGUUUCUUGCCGUGCAGUGUCCUCUGGGGGUAUUCAAGCAAUUGUGUGAUUCUUUCCAAGUAUUGUUCGUUUUGCCGUCCAGAUCACCUGCUCUUGACACGGGAUUGAAUUUCACUUCUAUUGGUUCAUUUACGUCCUUGGGCCAUUCUCAGAAAUCUGAUCUUUACACCUCUCUGACGACUCCAACGGAUCGAAAAAAGGUGACCUUGUCAUUUAUUGAGAAGUUGGGUAGGGCAUUUGCUAGGCUGUUCGUUAUUUCCGCCAACAGCGAUAGUCUAAAGGCCAAAGAGUCAUACCAAUUUAUUAUCAUGUUGUGUAACUUUGCUCUCCGGACGGGGCAUAUUGACUUAAUUCUUAUACUAUGCAAAUGCUUGAUACGGAUUAGGGUGACUGAAGAAGGUUUUAUUUAUUUUUCGCAGCCACAAGAGAUGAUUGGACUUUCAACCUCUUUCAAGAGAAAUCCUCAAGAUCCAUCAUAUCCCAGUGACUUGAGCCAAAACUAUAAGUGGAUUUAUCCUGAAUCUGUGUCAUAUCUUCCUGAGAGAUACUUCAAUAAACCAACACGAAACUUACAACUUCAGAACAAGGGACAAGCUGAUGUGCACAGAGAAACCUACAUACAUGGGUACAAUAAUAUUAGAGAAUAUGAUGAUGAUACUGAAGCUGCUCCAGAUAAACACGUCAUUGAUCUAUCGCCCUGGUUAGAUGCAAUUCUUCAGAUCAUGGUAGAAUUCGUUGAUUGGGAAGUGUACUCAUUUAUUUGGGCCCACUUUUGUCCCCAAUUAUCAAAUAUCCGGAUAUUCAUGCAUUAUGAUGAACAGAUUUUGAGGCUCAAAACUAUUAUAUGUGAGCAUCUUACUUUGAAUUUACCGAAGCAAGUGGAGCUUCCCGCGAACCAGGUGACGAAGGCUGAUUUACAAGUCGUUUUGGUAAGAACUCUCUCUGCAUUGGUUGGGUACCACGACAAAUUUACAAAAUAUGAUGAAGAUCAAAUUAUUAAUUCGUUAAUCUUUGGUUUGGGGUCCUGGGAAAAAACUGCUAUUCCGUGCAUAAGUAUUUUGACUGUAUGCUGCUACGAAUUUCCGUUGUCUAUCAAGAAGUUUCUCUCAGUGAUCCUAACCAAAUUGCAAACCAGAGUUACCAGUGCAUUUGCUAGUGCUCAUACGCUAGAGUUUUUGACUUCGUUGAUUCAUAUUCCCAAGUUGACAUCCAACUUCACUAUUGAUGAAUACAAAAGGGUAUUUGGCAUAGCGUUCAAAUACAUUCAGUAUGCCAAAGACUUGAAGAAAAGAAAGCCUGUGUCAUCCAAUAGCUCACAUAUCCAAAAGCACGGUGAGGAUGCGCAGGUUGAGUCCACGCCCUCGACUCAAUCCACCGAACUCACUCCGAUUCUCGCUCAGUAUGUGUUGAUGGCGUCAUUCAAUGUUAUAUCGAGCUGGUUUCUCAAGAUCAAUAUGAAUGACAGAAAGUCGAUUGCUCCGUUCCUUGUUAAAAACUUGGUACUGUGCAGUGAUGGAGGUGAGGGCCUCGAUGACCAGACGGUAGGUUUCUUGGAUUUCCUUAUCCGAUUUACCCACAGUGAUUUACCACUCAAUAUCAUCACCCACAACCACAGCGUAUCCAGCAAGGGCAAGGAGGAGACAAGCUUGAACCGGUGGAUCGUAGGGAAUACCAUCAUUGGCAUUGAAAUCGACAAUUCCACUGGCAGCUCCAAACUCAGCAUCCGGAGGCCCACGGGGUCGGUGAUGCUUGAUUUCAAGCUCCAUCACCAGGAAAAGGCGAUCGAGGGCAAGAUCCACCCCAACUACUAUCUUCUCCAGCUUUUUGACAACAUCGAUCCGAGCAACAACGUCAAGCCUAUUCCCAUCAUCGAGGACUCCGUGGUGCUCCGAGCACUCAACGUGUUGGACCGGAUUCCCACCGUUGAUUUCCACAAGAUAGGCAUUGUGUACAUUGGACGAGGCCAGAGCACGGAGGGCGAGGUUCUACAAAACCAGAUCGGGUCCACCAGCUACGAGGAGUUCUUGGCCUCCAUAGGGCUGUUAGCACGGCUCAAGCACGCCAACCGCAGAAUUUAUGUGGGGGGGUUGGACACCGAAUGUGACUACGACGGCGAGUAUACUCGCUACUGGCGCGACAAGACCACCCAGAUCGUGUUCCAUGUGAUCACCAUGAUGCCACGCGGGGCCCAGGAGCAGCGCAAGAAGGCUCAUAUUGGCAACAAUUACGUCAACAUCUACUUCGACGAGUCGGAGCUCCCCUACAACUUCAAUCUCGUGCGGUCGCAGUUCAAUUUUUUGAACAUCCGCAUUUCGCACCACACAGUAGGGGAAGCUUCAGGCCACCAACGGUUCUACAAGGUGCAGACCUACCGACGGCUGGGGGUGCCUGGGGUGUUUGCCACUGCGCACUUCAAGCUCAUUUCCCAGGAGAACCUCGCGGUGUUCAUCCGCAACUUGGCGAUUGUCGCCAAUCAGUUUGCCUGCGUGUGGCACGCCAACGGUAGCGAGAGCAUCUGGUCCCAACGGGUGCGGCAAAUAAAAAAACUCCGCGACAAUACCGUGGAGUCUCGCCAGGCGUUGGGCGAGCACGACGAGGCCAUGAUCAGUAAGCUUGCGGGGCUUAUGAGUGACUCGGGCCCCUAG